AUUUUCUAGAUUAUGGAUAUUUUCAUAACAAAAUCCACAAAAAAAACAUUUAAUACUAUUAAAUUAAAAUGAAGCAGCUAGCUUCUUCACCAGUUAAACAAGAGUCUAUAAAAACACUCCCCUCCUUCAUUUUAUAUUACUACUCUCCUAUCUUUGAUCUCUCAAUAAUCAUUCCAACAGAUCUGAUGGCACCCACCGGCGAGAAACCACUCAUCGUCAGCUUCGGCGAGAUGCUCAUCGACUUCGUCCCCACCGAGUCCGGCGUCUCCCUCGCCGAAGCCCCGGGCUUCCUCAAAGCCCCCGGCGGCGCUCCCGCCAACGUCGCCAUCGCCGUCUCCCGCCUCGGCGGACGAUCCGCGUUCGUCGGAAAGCUCGGCGACGACGAGUUCGGCCACAUGCUGGCCGGGAUCCUGAGGAAAAACGGCGUCGCCGAUCAGGGCAUCAACUUCGAUACGGGAGCAAGGACCGCCUUGGCGUUCGUGACGUUGAAGGCCGACGGAGAUCGGGAGUUUAUGUUUUACCGGAAUCCCAGCGCCGAUAUGCUUCUCCGUCCCGAUGAGCUCGACCUCGAGCUCAUCAGAUCCGCUAAAGUGUUUCACUAUGGAUCAAUAAGCUUAAUAGUGGAGCCAUGUAGGUCGGCUCACUUGAAGGCAAUGGAAGUGGCGAAAGAAGCCGGAGCUCUUCUUUCCUACGACCCAAACCUCAGGGAGCCUCUGUGGCCAUCAAAGGAAGAAGCCAAGACACAGAUCAUGAGCAUCUGGGACAAGGCUGAGAUCAUCAAGGUUAGCGACGUUGAGCUUGAGUUUCUAACUGGAAGCAACAAGAUCGAUGAUGAGACCGCAAUGUCCUUGUGGCAUCCCAACUUGAAGCUCUUGCUUGUCACUCUCGGUGAAAAGGGUUGCCGGUAUUACGCCAAGAACUUCCGUGGAUCCGUUGACCCUUUCCAUGUGAACGCUGUGGAUACAACCGGAGCUGGAGAUUCCUUUGUUGGUGCCCUCCUAAACAAGAUUGCAGAUGAUCACUCCAUUCUCGAGGACGAAGAGAGAUUGAGAAAGGUGCUAAGAUUCGCAAACGCUUGUGGAGCAAUCACCACAACCAAGAAAGGAGCUAUUCCAGCUCUUCCUUCAGAAGCUGAAGUUCUCAGCUUUCUUGAAAAGAAAUGAAAAAACAAAAGUAAAGCUUUCUGCACGUAAUCUGUUUCCGCUUUUGUAUUCUUGUUUAAACAAGUUGGGGCACUCUGCUCUGUUUUUGUUUCUCUCUUCUUCAAAUGUAACGAUUUAAAAAGACAGUAUGUUUCAAAUUCAAGGCAUCACUUGCCAAUAAAAAAAGAGGAAGUUUUCUU